AUGGUGAAGAAGAAUCUCUCCACCAAGGAAAGGAACAACAUUGUUCAAUUCCUUCUUGCAAACUCCAAAAAUGGCAAGCCACUGAAAGGCAAAAUGAAAGAGGUCGUCUUCAAGUUCAACAGCAGUGAGAGGACCGUCUGUAGGCUUUUGGUAGCUGCAAAGAAUCAACAAUCACAAGGUGAGAUCAUCUAUCUACAAAGUCAAAAACCCAACACACCAAGGAGAAAGCGAGUAGAGAUCGAUUUGGAGCUAAUCUUAAAUCUAGAUUUACUUCAAAGAUCAACAAUAAGAAAGCUUGCAUUUAGGAUUUCAUGCAGUAAGAGCACAAUGUGGAGAUGGGUGAAUAAAGGUUUGAUCAAAGCUCACACAUCAGCUAUAAAGUCUGAUCUCACAGCACCAAACAAGCUACUUAGGUUCACUUUCAUACUAGAGGCACUUGAAUUUGAUAGAAUCAUUAACACUUUGAAGUUCAAAAGCAUGAAUAACACAAUGCACAUAGACGAGAAGUGGUUUUACAUCACAAAAACUUAUCACAGAUUGUACCUCAGGCCUGGAGAGGCAGAGCCACAUAGGACAUGUAGAAGCAGGAAAUCCAUAACCAAGGUCAUGUUUAUGUGUGCAAUGUGCAGACCUAUUUUUUUCACAGGAUGUGAAAGUCAUAUUUGA